GUGAGAUUGCGCUGCAGCGAACAACAUAUUACACAUGCGAUUCUUUCUCUUGUUUUAGCAACCCCUUUACAUUGCCAGUGCCAGAGAAAAAAAUCGUUCCAGUGUACUUAUAUAGGCUUUUACUAAUUUAACAUUUUCCUCACAUUAACAGGUGAACACUAUCUCCAAGAAAAAAACAGGUACAACGUCAACCUCGUACCCAGGAACUUUGUUCGGUCAGAGGCUUUGGUGCAAAGGCCCUGGGUACGAGGUUGGUACAACGUUUCUCCGAAAUUACUGUAAAUGACAUUAACCAGGCUAUGGUAAAAGUGAGAUAAAAUAACCAGAAAUGUUGAGUUAACCGAAUUACUUCUAGGAAACAGGAAUUUUUUAACAAAAUGUUUUUAGAGCAUACUUUAUGGAUGAUCCUGGAUCCACAAGGGUUUUAAGAAAUAUUCCUCUCUCUUUAGUUCAUGUAUAGCAGCAGAAGAUGAGCCUGUGUAUGCCACACACGGUGACUGUCAACCUGUAAUCAAACUGAAAAAACCAUUUUGUGAACAUUACGGAUUCAAACUUGAUAAAUACGUUAAUGCGUCGGUAGGUCAGCAACAGCUUUGGAAUAACCGUUUGUGGAAGCGACAGGAACAGUACUCCCGAGUAUUUUUUAAAGGGCAAUAUAUUUCAUCAUCACCCGAAUGCAUAGAACAGAUGCGCUUCGCUGGUUGUUAUUAUAUGUUUCCAGGGUGUGAUCGCAGCACAAGUGGGUUUAGAACGAAGAAAUUUUGUAAGGAGUCGUGUCUUCAUUUUACAAAUGAAUGUAGUACGUUUGUUGAGGCGUUGAAUGAAAUCUUUUUGCAAUACUAUCCAGAAAAAAAGGCUCUGACCAGUUGUUUAGAAAAAGCAUCAAGAAAUGCUGGAGACUCUCCUGAGUGUAUAUCUUAUGAUAGGAAAGAAAGUUUGAAAAAGGAAGGUACGUUUGGUCGCUCAGAAUAUCCGGUGCUUUGUCCGGUAGGCGUUCGGUCCGACGAUCAUACGGUUGGUUUGUCAGUCAUCAUUAAGUCAGCCUGUCAAUCAGUGAGCCAAUUGACCGGUCGGUUAGUAGAUCGGUCAGUUAUUAGUCUCUCAAUUUGUCUAUCAGUCUGACUACUACUUUUUUGUAGAUUGUCUGUACUUAAACGGCAGCAGUUACCAUGGUAACAUUUCAGUGACAGCCUCGGGUAUUUCGUGUCAAUCAUGGACAGAACAAUGUCCACAUCGUCAUACCAUGAACAAUACAUAUCGAGAACUAAAUAACGCUGAGAAUUAUUGUCGAAAUCCUCAGAACUCUGGACAACGACCUUGGUGUUUUACCACAGAUAGGAACAAGAGAUGGGAGUACUGUGAUAUCCCGAAGUGUAUACCAGGUAGAGAGUAAUAUUGCACUGCG